AUGUCGCAGCUUAAGUCUCUUUGGCCUGAUUUAAGCAACUGGUCCGUCUCUCCUCUGGGUAGGGGGUUCUUCAUGCUUCAGUUUCAGUCCUUAGAGGACAUGCAAAGGAUUUGGUCUAUUCGUACAGUAAGGCUGAAACAAGGGCUUCUGCGUCUGAUAAAGUGGACUCCAAGCUUCUCUGCUGCGACCUUUAGAAACACGUUUGCACAAGUCUGGGUGCGACUUUGGGACCUGGGCUUUGCGUUUUGGGAGCAACAAACUAUCUUCGAAAUUGCUAGGGGGAUUGGGAUGCCCAUGAAACUUGACCCUAGAACUGCUGAUCGGUCUGUUGGUCUCUACCCGAGGGUUCUAAUUGAUGUCGACCUUUCUAAGCCUCUUCUUCAGCAACUGCGAGUGACCCGUGGAAAUGGAGAACAUGUUUUGGUGGGUAUUGAAUAUGAAGCCCUUCCAAGUGUUUGUUCUAGGUGUGGCCUUGUUGGGCACUUAGGUGCCAAAUGUAGGGUAGCGGUUCCUGUUGCUCCCACUGCUGACGCAUCUCCUCAGCGUGGUCGCUCCUCCACUCGUAGGUCUAGAAGGAGGAGGGUGAAAGCUUCUGUUUCUGUUCCUCGCAGUCCGAAUGUCCAACCUACAGCCUCUGAAGAUUGUUCUUUUAGUAAUGGUAAUGUGCAACAAGUGCCUUCUGUUCAAGCUGCGGCAGCUUUGGAGACAAAAGUUGUGAUUGGAACAGUUGAACAAAUUAUUAAAGAGUCUAAUGUUGUGACUGAAAGGGUUGAACAUAAUUUGGUUGUGCAGCAGGCAUCUGAUCAAGACUCCUCUUUUGAUAGUGUUCCACCUGGGUUUCAGAGGGUUACCCCAGAGAAUUUGAAGCAGGCAAAGACUUUUGUUGUUCAAUCUGCUAGCAUCACUAAUUCACCGGUGGUUGACACUACCAGUGGUGCUAAUUUGGUAUCUUCUGACUCUAUUGCGGAACCGGCAAACCAGAUACUUGAGGACCCUACCCUAACCAGGCAAGAAGGGGAAUUUACGCCAGUAGUCUCAAAGAGAACCAAAAAACAGAUUAAAAAGUCUAAUUUGAUAGUUGCAGUUCGUAAGUCUAUUACAGGACGCGCUCUUGUGCAAAAGGGAGCGAAGCAUAAAUUAUAUUAA